AUGGAGGAUGGGGAAGCUUCAACAAUCACUUUCUUACCAACCACGGAACCAAAACCCCUACAAAACCCUAACUUGCUGGCCAAACCAAAAAAAGAGACUAAACAAAAAAAACCUAAAACCACCAAAGGUCGACAGAAGAUAGAGAUCAAGGAGAUCAUGCUGGAGACCCGAAGGCAAGUGACGUUUUCCAAACGACGAUCCGGGCUUUUCAAAAAAGCGGCAGAAUUAAGCGUUCUCUGCGGCGCACAGAUUGGUAUCAUAACGUUUUCACGUUGCGAUAGGAUCUACUCGUUUGGUAACGUGAACUCACUCAUCGAUAAAUACUUGCGUAAGGCUCCGGUGAUGCUGAGGUCACAUCCCGGUGGUAACGUGGCAAACGGAGAGGAAGAUAACGACGGUUUGAUGUGGUGGGAGAGAGCGGUGGAGAGUGUGCCGGAGGAGCAUAUGGAAGAGUACAAGAAUGCCUUGAGUGUGUUAAGGGAGAAUUUGUUGACGAGGAUCUACCAGAUGAGUGGUGAUCGGACGGUUGAGAAUCUUCCGGCAUUUCCAAAUGAGAUGGCUAUGGCUGACUGGAAAUUAACGAAUGAAAAUCUGAUGGCUAGGAACGAUCGAGGUUAUGGAGGUAACAAUGGUGAUUUGGAGUUUGCGUUUAUGCCUCAAAACGGUAGACAGUGA